UCCACGAUUUGCCUUCAGUGAAAUAUAAAAUAGAAGGGCGGUAUUCCACAGUUCAGUUUGUGUCUUUGGGUGGACUUUGCUACCAGAGACAAUGUUGACCAAGGCUACAGUUAUCUGGGCCAUCAUAACCCUAGACGUGGGUGCUGCUGUCGACACCGACUACUUCAAGUGUCACCGGGACCUCUGUCGUCGUGGAGAACAGUACUGUGUGGAGGAGAGGCAAAGAUGUUACCACUGCGCUGACGUAGCUCACCUGUGUAAUACGUCCGAGAUCUCGCGAGAAUGCGACAGUUAUUGCAACCGAGUUACACUGGAAGAAAUGACAAAGAAGAAAGACAAGACGUUUUCCGAAAUGACAGACGUAAAAACAAAACUACACAGUGAACAAAAUACAACAACAAAGAUGAAGAUGAGGAUCACAAAGUUGAACACGAUGCUGUCCCAGCUGAAUGAAUCACGGAAUGCCUUGUUGGUUGACAACAGGGAAUAUAAAAGACGCACAACUGAGCAUGAAGAUGUUGUCAAGCAGAAUGAACGGUUGAGGGCCACCCUCAUCGGCGUGUGUACAGCGUCUGGUGUGUUGGGGGUAGUGGUGAUCAUCCUCACUGGGAUCCUUUGCUCACAAAAGCAGGAUAAAAGCAAAUCUCCACACACACCUGCGCCAGAGAAGGAGAAACUGAUCUUAUACCAACUGCCCGAUCAACUUCCUGCCCUGCUUCCAGGUGUAGGAGAUUAUGUGACGAUAGACACGAAGUCUCACACAGUCGGUCCUGACGGUGCCAUCAUCUCCCAUGCAUCGAGUCCGAAGAUGCAGUUUUCCUGCAUCAGCGACAUGAACUGCAACAACGGCAGUGCACCACCGGCAUAUAAGACAUAAAUCGAGUUUGAUCAAAUACACAACAGGCCAUACAGUCUCUUAAAGUAUGGCAUUAUCAUCGCACUAUACGUCAAUGCAUCUUAAACCGGAACCAGCGCAGUACGUCAGCUAAGUCAGGCUGUGGGCCGUUACAGAAGCCCAUCCGCACUUCUCGAGAAUAGGCAUUGUGUUCACUGCAGCUAUAAAGUGAAGAUGCUGAAGGUGCCAUCAUCUCCCGUGCAUCGAGACCGAAGAUAGUCUUCCUGCAUCAACGACAUGAACUGCAACAACGGCAGUGCACCCCCGGCAUAUAAGACAUAAAUCGAGUUUGAUGAAAUACACAUCUAUACUCCAGAUGUAUCCAAAAACAUCUUUGCACUAAUCAAACAAAAGUUCGUCGCCACAGAUAUGAAGACUUGAUCAACUGACCGAUGGAAUAACCGGGGACAACGUAGCGGAAAUAAACUGAGGCCAUACAGUCUCUUAAAGUAUGGCAUUAUUAUCGCACUAUACGUCACUACACCAUAAACCGGAAUCAGCGCAGUACGUCAGCUAAGUCACGCUGUGGGCCGUUUCAGACGCCCACCCGCACUUCUCGAGAAUAGGCAUUGUGUUUACUGCAGCUAUAAAGUGAAGAUGAAGUUGAAUUUUCAUUCCACUCUGAUAUAAGAAAAUACUCAUGAAAGGAGUCUACCUUUCUGGAACCGUUAUUUCGACAGGUCCUAAAAGUCGACACGUUGGUAUUUCUGAUGCAGUGCGAACCUCCACAUUAAUCUAUGGCCGCUGUUGUGUCUGCCUUGUUUAACGCAGAAAUAAUGCAACUUUCACGUACAUAUAUCUACUAUCUAAUGUAUAAAUGGGUUAUAAUGUAAAUGGCUGUCUGGGAGCGUUGUGUGUCUCGUGUGCUAUAUCUUGCAUAAUUAUAUUAUGUGAAUUUGGUUGUUAUGUGUGCUGUAUGCUAUAUUGUAUUGCUGUACAUCACUUUCUUCACAACGGUGUUAGUAUCUACACCGAACACUUUAUUGUAAUAAAGAAUCCAUAUAACUUCCUUGUUUAUAUUGUAUAUAGCCAGCUACCUUCGCAGGUUGCUGUGAUUGGCUAUGGCUGCAGUAUGCUAUAGUAUGCUGUGUCUCUGUGUUAAGCAGGCCAUAUAAUGCAUAAAUGGUUGUGUGUGCAGUAUUGUAAUUUUGUUGUAAUAAGUUAUGUGAAAUAUGUUAAAUUGUGUACAACUGACAGUGUACAGAAUGUUAUAUUUUGUAUGGUUGGAUAUGUGUAUAAUGCUAUAUUCUGUAAACUGAGCUGUAUGCUAUAUUCUGUACAACCGUCUGUGGGCUGUAUGCAAUAUUCUGUGCAACUAGCUGUGUGCUGUAUGCAAUAUUCUGUACAACUGACUGUGACCUGUGUGCAAUAUCAUGUACAACAAGCUGUGAGCUGUAUGCUAUAUUCUGUGUUACUAGCUGUGUGUUGUAUGCUAUAUUCUGUACAACUGCCUGUUAGCCGUAUGCAAUAUUCUGUACAACUGACUGUGACCUGUAUGAAAUAUUAUGUGCAAGUAGCUGUGUGAUGUUUGCUAUAUUCUGUGCAACAAGCUGUGUGUUGUAUGUUAUAUUCUGUACAACUGACUGUGACCUGUAUGCAAUAAUAUGUACAACUGUCUGUGAGCUGUAUGGAAUAUUCUGUACAACUGUCUGUGAGCUGUAUGCUAUAUUCUGUGCAACAAGCUGUGUGUUGUAAGUUAUAUUCUGUACAACUGACUGUGACCUGUAUGCAAUAAUAUGUACAACUGUCUGUGAGCUGAAGGCAAUAUUGUGUACAACUAACUGUGAGCUGUAUGCUAUAUUCUGUGCAACUAGUUGUGAGCUGUUUGCUAUAUUCUGUGCAACUAGCUGUGUGCUGUAUGCUAUAUUCUGUACAACUGACUGUAAGCCGUAUGCAAUAUUCUGUACAACUGACUGUGACCUGUAUGCAAUAUUCUGUGCAACUAGCUGUGUGCUGUAUGCAAUAUUCUGUACAACUGACUGUGACCUGUAUGCAAUAUUCUGUACAACCGACUGUGACCUAUAUCCAAUAUUAUGUACAACUGACUGUGACCUGUAUGCAAUAAUAUGUACAACUGUCUGUGAGCUGAAGGCAAUAUUGUGUACAACUAACUGUGAGCUGUAUGCUAUAUUCUGUG